AUGUAUUUCUGUUUACCCAGAGAGACAGAGUGACGAUUUAUGAUUUUGUUUUUCUCCCUUCAGCUUCCGAAUUGGUGAUGUCUUCUCCUCUUAGCAUUACACUCUCCUCAUCUUCACUACCUCUCCUUCGUCUCCAUCGCCAUGUUAGCAUUUCCAACGUGCUCUGUAAUCGUCACUUGUACCUGCGGCAAAAGCAGUUCUCUUCCAGGCAUCUGCUUCGUCUCUGCUCUGUUAAUAGUGAUCAUAAUGUUUACGAGUCACCAGAAUUUCAAAAUAGUCCUCUAGAUCAAAAAGGUGCUGCAGAAAAAGAUGAAACUAGUCAAACAGAAUCACCCACAUCAAACACGAUUCUGAUGAGAUUGAGAAGAUAUGGUGUUGCAGGAGUAUUAUCAUAUGGACUACUAAAUACUGCAUACUACCUUACUACAUUUCUUAUCGUGUGGUUUUAUGUUGCUCCAUCACCUGGACGAAUGGGUUACCUUGCUGCAGUUGAACGGUUUCUCAAAGUAAUGGCCAUGGUAUGGGCUGGUAGCCAGGUUACAAAGCUUGUCCGAGCAGGAGGGGCUUUAGCUCUCGCUCCUUUUGUGGACACUGGAUUAUCAUGGUUUACAACCAAGAUGAAGUUUGAAUCGCAAGGGAAAGCUUUCGCGGUUGUUGCUGGGUUUUGCUUUGGUUUGGCUUUUAUGCUGUUUCUCGUAGUUACAUUACUCUGGGCGUGAAAAUUUUCUGUUGUUCAUUCGUCCAAGUGGGGAUUUACCGAGUUCUUCUGCUGAAGGUAAUGCUUGUCCAGAAGUUUUAAGGAAAAGCAAAGUGGAGCAUCCUCUUCAACAAAGCCCCUAUUUCCUUUCCUGAAUUCAAAUUUCAGUCACAAAAGCAAGUCUAACCAAGAGGCAUGGAGUAGAUAUUUGUCUUAUCAUCUGCAAAUUAUUAUAGCACAUGGUGGAUAUUGACUUUCCAAGGUGUGUCUUUAUGUGAACUCCAGAAAAGAGUCUUGAACUCAAUAAUAUUGCUUUCAAAGAUGUUAUCUGUACAGUUAAAUACAAUACCAUUUAUAUGUGCAAAGAGAAUAGAUCAAUGAUAAUGUGUAGUUUUGAAUGAAAAGAUGUGAGGUUUUGGAGAGAUGCAUGAAAUUAUGAGGUUUCUUACGCUUUCCGGGGUUUGAGCCUCGGGUUGCGAUCCUUUCUCGGAUCCUGAUCCUACUAGCAUGGGAUGCUUUAUGCAUA